ACGAGGCUCAGUUUUAUACGACACAAACCACAUUUCUCUUGUGCGACUUCCUGUGCAGCUUAGCUCGUCGCUUGGAGACCUAGCCUUGAUCCUUCUACAGGGCGUCAGUAGUCCCCCAGACAUCAAGCGAGGUACCCAGUUAUCCAGGUUGUGAACUGAGGCUACAGAGUGCUGCUGAACCUCUGUCUAGUUGUAUACUGGUGACAAGGACAUCAUGUCACCAAAGCCAUUAGACUAUGAGUCCAUUAAUGAAAAUGUGAAGAAGGUUGCAUAUGCUGUUAGAGGUGAGCUCUAUCUUCGAGCUUCUGAGCUUCAGAAGGAAGGGAAGAAGAUUAUUUUUACAAAUGUCGGCAACCCUCAUGCUUUAGGACAGAAGCCAUUGACCUUCCCUCGUCAGGUGGUGGCUUUAUGUCAAGCUCCAUUCUUGUUAGAUGAUCCUAAUGUGGGACUCAUCUUCCCAGCAGAUGCAAUUGCAAGAGCCAAACAUUAUCUUUCAUUGACAUCAGGUGGUCUAGGUGCCUACAGUGACUCUCGAGGGCUUCCAGGAAUAAGGAAGGAGGUGGCAGAGUUCAUUGAAAGGCGUGAUGGAUAUCCAAGUGAUCCAGAAAUCAUAUAUCUGACAGAUGGUGCAAGCAAAGGGGUAAUGCAGAUUUUGAAUACUAUUAUCCGUGGUGAAGGGGAUGGUAUUUUGGUUCCAGUACCUCAGUACCCACUUUACUCUGCUACAAUAUCUCUACUUGGUGGUUCUCUUGUUCCAUAUUACCUGGAAGAGACAGCAAACUGGGGUCUUGACGUCAAUAACGUUCGCCAGUCAGUUUUGCAGGCUCGUUCUAGAGGAAUAACAGUCCGAGCCAUGGUGAUUAUAAACCCAGGAAACCCUACUGGCCAGUGUCUAAGUGAAGCUAAUCUAAAGGAAAUACUACACUUCUGCUUCCAAGAAAACUUAGUCCUGCUUGCAGAUGAAGUUUAUCAGCAGAAUAUAUACCAAGAUGAGCGCCCUUUUAUAAGUGCAAAAAAGGUUUUGAUGGACCUUGGUGCACCCUUAAGCAGAGAGGUCCAACUUGUUUCUUUUCAUACUGUCUCUAAAGGAUAUUGGGGUGAAUGUGGACAACGGGGAGGAUACUUUGAGAUGACCAACAUUCCUCCAAAGACUGUUGAUGAGAUUUACAAGGUUGCAUCUGUAUCACUCAGUCCAAAUGUCCCCGCACAGAUAUUUCUAGGGCUGAUGGUCAACCCACCCAAGCCAGGGGAUAUCUCCUAUUUGAAGUUUGUUACAGAGAGCAAAGCAAUCCUUGAUUCAUUGAGGAGGAGGGCACACAUAAUGACUGAUGGAUUCAAUAGCUGUAGAAAUGUGGUUUGUAACUUCACAGAAGGAGCCAUGUAUUCUUUCCCACAAAUACGCCUACCACCAAGGGCCAUUGAAGCUGCCAAAAACGCUGGAAAAGUUCCUGAUGUUUUCUAUUGUCUCAAGCUUUUGGAAGCAACGGGCAUUUCCACAGUCCCUGGUUCAGGUUUUGGCCAGAAAGAAGGGGUCUUCCACUUGAGGACAACCAUCUUACCAGCUGAAGAAGAUAUGCCUGCAAUUAUGGCCAGUUUCAAAAAGUUCAAUGAUGAGUUCAUGGAACAAUAUGAAGACCACAGAGGCUAUUCAAGGAUGUAAAGGGACUCCAAGCAUCCUAAUGCUUUAUCAUAUUCGACAACUCUGGAAACUAAUUAAUGUACUAUUAACUUCUUGCACUUCAUUCUCUUGAAAUGGGGUUAAUAAAUUCAUCCUUGCUUUUGUCUUGCA